CACUAUCAUUGGCGUUUUAACUGUGGACGGUUGCUACUCGCAUUCGCUGGCGGAUUAACGGCACACACAUCGAUAUACAUACAUACAUAUGCAUAGUAUAUGUACACACACAUAUAUUGAGAAUUAUAAUGUUAACCACUAACUAAGCUUAGCGCAAAUCUAACCGCAAUACUGCUACGAACAUUCCGUAAAAACCAAAAGCCAUUUUAAAAUGUUGUACCAACGCAGUUGAUUAAGACAAUUAAAAAACAAAAAACCAAAACUCCAAAACCAAAUAAAACAGCAUUAAAUAUAUAGCAUAUAUAAAUAAAUACAGCAUAUAUAAUCUAUUAACGUUAAGCGUUUAACAACCAAACAAACCAAAUAAAUAAACUUAAGCUCACAACUUAAAUCAAAGUCUCAAGCCAAGCGACUUUCAACAUCAACAAUGGCCGAUAAGAAGAUUGGAGAAUAUUAUGCGCCACCGCCAAAAAUGGGCAAAUGGGAGGGUUUCAAAAAAUUCAUAUGGAACAGCGAAACUAGCCAAUGCCUUGGACGCACCGGCUCCAGUUGGGCAAAAAUUCUACUAUUCUAUAUAAUAUUUUAUGCGGCGUUAACCGGAUUCUUUGCUGCCAUAUUUGCGGUGUUCUAUCAAACGCUGGAAGCGGAUAAGCCCAAGUGGAUGCUUGACAAUGGCUUGAUUGGAUCAAAUCCAGGUCUUGGCUUCCGACCAAUGCCCCCAGAGGCGAAUGUUGAGAGCACUUUAGUCUGGUACGAAUCAUCGAAGAAGGAUAACUAUAAGUACUGGGUUGAUGAAACUGCACGAUUUCUGAAAUAUCACACCUAUGACGACUUGACCAAGAAGAAUCAUGUCAACUGCUCAUUUGAUCAUUUGCCUGGAGAGGGCAAAGUAUGCGGCGUUGAGAUUCAAAGCUUUGCUCCCUGCACUCUUGAUAAUAACUUUGGCUAUCAUGUAGCCAGACCCUGCAUAUUCCUCAAGUUGAACAAGAUUUACAAUUGGAUACCGAAAAUUUACAACGACUCAAAAAGUCUGCCUGCUGACAUGCCCGAGGAGUUGAAGCAGCACAUUAAGGAGAAGCAAAGCCUUCGACCAAAUGAGACUGGCGUUGUUUGGGUCUCCUGCGAGGGUGAAAAUCCUGCUGAUGUUGAAAACAUUAAAGCUCGCGAUUAUUAUCCACGCAUGGGUUUCCCCCACUACUAUUUCCCCUUCAAAAAUAUUGAGGGCUAUAUACCGCCAAUUGUUGCAGUUCAAUUCACCGUUGAGACUGGCGUUUUGAUCAACAUUGAGUGCAAAGCUUGGGCCCAUAACAUCAAGCAUGAUCGCUCGGAUAGGAGAGGAUCCGUCCACUUUGAGUUAAUGGUCGACUAAGUUAAACGCCAUGAAGUUAAAGCUUAAAGACCCAAGAACAGCUUCACCAAACAAACAACAAACUGAAGCCAACAAGCAGAAGAUGGGUUAGACAUGAGGACCGAAGAAGGGCAGAGGCAGAGAGUGCAGGAGCGGAGAUGGAAAACACUGCAGCGCAAAUUAUUAAGCAUUCUUAAUGGAAUAGUAUUGAAUGCAAUACAAGGUCACAACACUUAA